UUAUAGGGUAUAACUUCCUCUGCUGCUGAUCACCGUGCUGGCUGUUUAGUACUGGCCUGUGAUUUUAGGUGUUGUACCGAGCUUUAUUACUGAAUUUAAACUGUAGUUUAUAUCGGCCGGUGGUGUUUGCGUAGGGACCUUCAGUGAUCAGUGUUGUGCGGGGCUCGGCAAGAUGCAGGAUCCAAAUGCGGACACAGAAUGGAACGAUAUCCUUCGUAGAAAAGGUAUUCUUCCACCAAAGGAAAAGCCAAACGAUGAAGAAGAGGAAGAAGCACAAAUAAUUCAGCAGUCAGUAGUAAAAACCUAUGAAGAUAUGACGCUGGAGGAGCUGGAGGAGAAUGAAGACGAGUUUAAUGAAGAGGAUGAGCAUGCCUUAGAACUGUACCGGCAGCAACGAUUGGCUCAGUGGCAAGCAAUGCAACUAAAAAAUGUGUUUGGGGAGGUGUUGGAGAUUUCAGGACAAGACUAUGUACAAGAAGUAACAAAAGCUGGCAAAGAUUUAUGGGUUAUUCUGCACCUUUACAAACAAGGAAUUCCACUUUGUACCUUAAUUAAUCAACACUUGGCUGCACUGACCAGAAAGUUUAAAGAUGUAAAAUUUAUAAAAGCCAUUUCUACCACAUGCAUUCCCAACUAUCCAGACAAGAACCUCCCAACCAUCUUUGUGUAUCUUGACGGAGAGAUCAGAGCACAGUUUAUUGGACCAUUAGUAUUUGGUGGUAUGAAUCUAACACAGGAUGAGCUUGAAUGGAAGCUUGCGGAGUCGGGUGCUCUUAAAACCGAUCUUGAGGAAAAUCCACGUCCGCAAAUUCAGGACAAGCUUAUGUCCUCCAUCCGUACAGCAAUCCCCAGCAGAUCACACAGUGAUUCAGAAGAGGACUGAUGAUUUUCUUCAGUUAUGAUAAAAUGUACCUGUGCCUUCACUGCCAUGAGCAUAAAGCCAGAAGUGCUCUCCAUGUGUUCAGGAGGAACGUUUAGCAGUGAAUACAUUCUUAAACCAUUUUACUUCUAGCGCACCACUGUGGAAGUAAAAUGAUUUAACUAAUUAGACCCAUGACCUCACUUUAUUUAUUUGGAUUCUGUAUUUUAUGACGCCACUUCAGUAAAACACUAUAAUUUUUCAUCAAUUCUGCUCACCUCCCAGAUUUUUUUUAUUUUAAUGUAUUUCGUAUCAUAAAUAAAUUGGCCAUUUAUUGUUCAAUGGCUUAUAAAUAUAA